UCCCAUUGGAACGAACAACAUUCAGACAGUACUAUGACAUCAUAUUUAUCUCCUAUAAAUUUGCUAGUAAUUACAUUAUGGUACUUAAGACAUUACCAUUCUGAACGCUAUAUUGCUACAAAAGUGAAUUUGAUACAAAAAGUAGUGAAUUAUUUCUUAUCAUCGACUCUGAAUAUCUUACAUUCCUAUGUAUAUCCGGCAUUAAUUUCACUACUUGAUGAUCUAGCGAGCAGAAUAACAUCACAUGGACCAGAACAACAACAUAAAUUAAUCGUUGAUUCGACUUUUAUUGCAAUACCUGAGCUUUAUGAUUCAGAAGAACGUAAAACAUAUUAUCAUGCGAAAAAUUCAACAAAUUAUGCAUUAAAAGUACAAAUAGCUUGCAAUUUUCAUCAUCGAAUUGUUCAUGUAUCGAAAUGUUAUCAUGGGAGUGUACAGGACAUUACAAUUGUAAGAGAUUCGGGUCUAUUAGAACAUGUAAACGACUCUGUACAAAUUAUUGCAGACAAAGGAUACAUCGAUGAAGAAAAUGUAGUUACUCCAAGAAAAAGACCUUAUCGACGUGAAUUAACAGAUGAAGAUAAAGAUUUUAAUCGCGAUAUUAAUAGUGCAAUAGCAGCUAUUGAAAAUAUUAAUCAAUGUCUUAAAGGUUAUGCUAUUAUUGGUAACGUUUAUAGAGGCGCUAUUGAUAACAUCCAUGAAACAACACAAAUUGUACAAGUCGCUGCGUUCUGUGACCGUUCGUCUCGACAUGGGAUAGUUGUCAUUCUGUAA